GUCUUGGCGCGCGGCCGCACCGGGGAAUGAUGCACGCCACCGCUAAACAUUGUUUCUACCGCAGGUCGUGAAAAGCGCAAGCAAAUGUAGAGGAAAAUAUGGUUACAAAAGUACGGUACCGGGCCUUCACAAUGUGUGAUAAACCCAGUUUUAUUUACGUGAUGAAAUCAGUACGAGUACGUUGUCAACUACACUUCUUUACCCUACUCUCUGGAUUUAUUUCUUCUCCUCCCUGUGGAUAUCCGAAGAAAACCGCUGAUCGCAUUCGCGAUUCUCCUGCAGUUUUCUUGCUCCCCGUCCCGAAUCGUCGAAAAAAAGAUCUAUGAUUCAUACGUUUAUUUUCAAAUUGUGCCAUUUCUAUUUGUUCAGAAGAUUGAGUCUAAGACAGAGGCAGUACCUGUACCAUGCGCGACGAAAACCUCAAUAAACCUCAGUUCGUUUUUCCAAACGACGCUUUGUUUUUCAAUUUCACUACACUGACUACUAUAGGUGCGCUUGGUAAUACUAAUAUCUUCUAGGAGCAGUUCCAUCUUCUGGAAACGCGAGAGUAAAACGAUUGGCACUACAUUGAUGUCAAGUCCUUGAUGCAAAUGAUGUUUUCAUACCCACGAUGUGAAAGAAUAGAAUACGGGGGUUGCGGAGUGAAGCAACGAAUCGCUUGAUAAACUCAAGUUCUACGAGACGCCCUUGACAAACUCAAAAAUUGGAUUCAGAUUCACACAACACCCAUUGAAAGUAUCUAAGACUUUCGUACUUUUCAUCUCCGAUCAGACUGUAAAUAUGCCGUACUUGUUGGGUUAAGCAGCGAGGAAGAGGACGCCAACACCACUGUCGUUACUCGCCAAAUGCUCUUCGUCUUGGGAUUCUACUCUUUCGCGCCCUCAGCUAUCUCUCAUGGUUAGUAUCAAAACGCAAACAGCUCGG